UCCUUACGGCGUGCACUUUCAACCACAAGUCCCCGGCACUGAGACGGGCCCUAUGGUCCAUCGUUAUGUCCCUCGUCAGGAUCCUAUCGGUGCGCCUGGGAUGCUUGGCUUCUUAAUGCUAUGACCAAGUGGUCUUAUCGGCUUUUCAUCAGUCCCUCUCACAAUCACGCAUACUUGCCAUCCGGCCGUGGAGACAUUAGCUGACUUGUUCCAGGCGAGCGGAGCGGUCAUGCCAAUGCAGACCCUGCCCAUCGGCGUUGCUGCUGUUACAGCUCCGAUGAACCCCAUCGUCGUGCAGCAGCCAUAUAACCAGCCGAUGAUGAUUCCUAACCAAUCCGUUACAGGUGGUCCGGCGCUCAUGCUCCCGGGCGCUGCUGCCCAGGCGAUGCAGAUGCCAGGUAAUCAUCCUCUCAUUGCCGGUUUGCCUGCCCAGCCGCCAGUCCACGUCGAGCCCGCCAUGGGUGUCGGCUUGACUCCCAACGAGACAAUUGCCGAGAACGUCCGGAUCGCACAGAAUAACAAAGCCUAUGAGCCGCAGGAUUUCAAACCCGCUGACCCAGACCCGUACCGCAUGUACUGGUUCCGCGAGCUGAACGGCCACUGGGCGGUCUUCCCUCGCCGCCAGAUCGACCGGCUGAAUGCGCGCUGGUACCGCACCGACGACAGCGUCUUUUACGCCGUCCGUCUGCCAGACAACUGAAGGAACAUUCCGCAGCUCAUGGUCCAUCACUCUCGGUAAGCCCAUCGGUCAUUGAUACGUCUCUAUCCCACAUUAACAGACGGUCUCUGCUUAGUGAUUCGGCUCUCCUGGUAUGUUUUUGACUUCGGCAUUGCGACUUCUCGGUCACAUUUCGGCUGCUUAGCAUCUGGCAACCGCCGACUACUAGCCGAGAGCCCCACGAUGCGAUCCGGCAGCAUAGGGAAAUAGAAUGGUUGGGGUGGAGGGUAUGGACAUACUGAUACCGAUGAUACCAUCAAGGUCGAUUCAGUAGGAGACUAGGAGUUGGGUUUGCCUAGAUUCUGGUCUUGAUCUUCGGCUCUACGCUAUGUGGUCAUUGCAGCUU